CUGGCGGCGCUCGGCCAUGUCGCGCGCGCCCGUGUGAAGUGGUCGUUAUCACGGCGGCGAGGGCAGCGCGCGUGCCUGGCAGAAGGCCGCGCCGCCGCCGCCGCCGCCGCCGCCGCCACCGCCGCCCCCACGGGCUGCGGGGAAGACGCUGCGGCCAGUGGCGAAGGCGACUCAGUCCCCGCGCGACGCGCUCCCACGCGCAGCGGCACCGGCAGCAACCACUCUGCCUGCACCCCGGACCCUCGCCUCACUCCGGGACGCUCCCCCGCGCGCGCAGCAGCAGCAGCAGCAGCAACAGCGGCGGCUCUUUACGCGGAGAUUUACGAGGAGGGCCCUUCUGGACUUUGCCUCGCGCUCGCAACCCGCGACACACCGCAUGAGCGUUCUGCACACAGUAGGGAUGAGGAGGGCGUGGCGCUGUGCGUGGCGCUGUGCGUGCUGCUGUGGCUGCGGCUGGCCCUGCCGGGGGCGGAGGGCGCGGCGCCGGCGCCGGACUACUGCUCGCUGUGCGACGAGCCGGGCAGCCACACCAUGUGCGCGUACCCGCACGCGGGCCCCGCCCCCAACUGCUCCAACUACCGGCCCGCGCCGCUCUCCGCGCGCGAGAAGCGCGCCAUCGUGCGCACGCACAACCUGGUGCGCCGGCGCGUCGCCACCGGCCGCGCCUGGGUGAGCCCCUGGGGCACGCCCCUUUCGCCCACUUGCGCUACAAGCCAUCCAACACUUUACACAAAAGCACAGUCUCCCUUCUUCAAGAUGCUGAGGAACAAAUGGCCCUCCUCACCAGCCUCACUUCUGAAUUAA